AAAUAAGACUAAAUAAUACUUAAGGGACUGUUACACCCUUACUAAGCCCAAACCCACUGGCCUGCUACAGUAACCCGUCACAGUGACCAAAUGUGCAGUGACCAAUGUUAUAGUUACCAAUGACAUAGUUACAAAAUUCAUCCUGUGACAUAGUUACAAAAUUCAUCCAGUGACAGUGACCAAUGUCACAGUGACCAGUGACAUAGUUACAAAGUUCGUCACCCCUAAUCCACCAGUGAGUCAGUGACCAGUAAUCAAAUGCCGCCGCUAAUGACCAUUUCCCCGUUACCGCCGCCAGAGACGAGUACCCCGCUGCCCCCGUCAGUGACCAGUUGCUACCCCCGCCACCAGUGACCAGUCCCCCUCCACCGCUAGUGAACAGUACCUACCUCAGCCACCAGUGACCAGUCCCCCUCCGCCGUCAGUGACCAGUACAUACCCCCGCCACCAGUGACCAGUACCUAUCCCCGCCAGUGACCGGCCCUUUGCCCCACCCGUGACCUAUUUGCGCUGACACCAGAGAGCGGUCCACGACGCCGCAAGUGACCAGUAGGGUCAGUGACAAGUCCACGCCGCCGUCAGGGACCAGUCCUCCACCGCCGCUAGUGACCCAUCUCUACUACCACCAGUGACCAAUCUCGUGCCGCUAUUAGUGACCGGUCCCGCCACCGGCCAACACCGUCGGACACCACCGCCGACUAUCACUACUCCAUCAGUCACAACCCCAUCCUUGCCCCUCUCCUGUGGCCUGCGUCACACAGCCCCCUAGCCCCCCACUAUCCUCGGCCCCUGCCCAACCCCUCCCCAGCCUCAGCUUAAGCCCUACUCCCAAUCUAGUCCCAGCUCAAGCCCUGGCCCAGAUCCACUCCCUCCCCGCCCCCCCUCCCAAGACCUAGCCUUAGCAGUCAGCACGAUGACUAAUCUGCAACCAUCUUUGAUGCUCGCACCAUCUCGAUCUGUUUCCGAAAUCGGCGAAGAAGAGAUCAAGCCCUGUUGUCGUUCCCAUCCUUAUUGCCGUCGUCAUCAAUUGCCUGUCAUCAAUCGUUCAAGGCGGAGAAGACGAACGAUGGCGACCUCGGAGUGGGGCAAGCAGAGGCGAAAGAUAAAUGAGAAGGAGGAAUUGAAGUUCGUAGAGAUGAAGUGUUGCUGCGGUGGCUGGGCGGUGGUGGAGGAGGACAAAUCUGAGAAGGAUCGGUCGAUGGUACUGCUUGCGGAUGGAGGAGAACUGAGGAUGCGGCUGGAGGAGAACGAAGGAUGGAAGGUGGUAGAUAUUCGGUUGAUUUGGGUAACCUCCAACGCAAUCGAAGAAACGAGAUUGGGAGGAAGAAAUCCCGCAAAGGUAAAGAACUUGCCGGGUCUUCAUCUCAAAGCCGAGAUGAUUUUGAAACGGGUUACCAAAGGCGAGAUGGAGAUGCGAUGUCCGAAGAACAACUCCAACAAGAAUUGGCCCGACAUAAUAACCGCUUUCUACAACAACAACAAAUGCCGACGACCAUUGACGAAGAGGAGCUUGAGGAUGAAGAUGCGGAGGAAUUGGAACCGGAGACGGCCGAGGAGGAGGGUGCCGGCAGCCACGACGCCGACGCGCCUGCCUCAUCCCAAACCGCCACCGGUAAUAAAAAAAGUAAGUCUGAACUAAUGAAAAAUAAUUUUGAUAAAUGGAAGGACCCACAAACCGGCUAUUGGCACGCAACUUGCAAGUGGUGCAACAACAAUUAUAGUUUGGGAACCUCCGGCGGAUACGGAUCCGCCGCAAGGCAUCUUAAGGCAAAGCACCCCGUGGAGUACGCAAAAUUAGGCGGCGGAACGGGGAAGCAAACUCAAAUAUCGAGGUUUGCGAAUUCUCAACCUUUUGGUAAUUUCUCCUACAAUGAUGCACAAAAUUUGACUGGUAUGGCUAACUUAAUUUGAGAAGAAAAUUUGCCUUAUUUGUUUUCUGAAAGUCUUGCUUUAAGAGAUUAUGCACAAGGUAGUUUAAAUCCUCAAUUUAGAAAUUAUAGUCGCAAAACUGUUAAGAAAGAAAUAAUAAGGCUUUAUAAUGCGGAAAAGGAAAGGUUACAAAAUUUUUUUGCAAACUUUGAUGGGCGUGUUACUAUUUGUUCUGACAUAUGGGAGGAUGAUUUUCAUCAUUUAUAUUAUUUGGGUCUGACUGCACAUUAUAUUGAUGAGGAUUGGAAUAUGCAUAAACGUGUUCUUGCUUUUCGUGAAUUUAAUGAUCGUCACACCGCUGAACAUAUUUAUAUUUUGAUUGAGCGUAUUUUAAUUGAGUAUAAUUUGAUUGAUAAGGUGUUUGCUAUUGGUUUCGAUAAUGCUACUAAUAAUACUGCUGCUAUACCUAGAUUGCGUGAGUUGUGUGGAGCCAAUUCUUUGAUGGGUAGAUUUUUUCAUCAACGGUGUGCAUGUCAUGUUAUAAAUUUAUGUGUGCAAGAUAGUUUAAAAGCGUUAGGAGAUUCCAUGGAGGUAAUAAAGGGGGGGGGUUAGACGUAUUUGGGGUAAUGGUCAACUUAGAUUAAAAUGGCAAAGUUAUUUGACUGAAAGAGGUGUGAGAUAUGUUGCUUUUCCUAAAGAUUUGAGUAUUCGUUGGAAUAGUACUUAUAAAUUACUUAAAGUUGUUCUUAGAUAUAAAGAACAUUUUCCUGCUUUUUUAAAAGAACAUGAUAACUAUAUUAUAAACGCGGCUGAGAUCGACACUUGCGAAAAAAUUUGUAAUGUUUUGAUAUAUUUUUUUAAUGCUACUGAAACUUUUAGUCAUGUUUAUAAACCUACCGCAAACCAAUUUAUUCCACAAGCUGUUAAUCUCGCCGAUGCUUUUAAAGAAUUUCAAAAUGCCGUUUUCGUUCAUUAUUUUUGUGAUUAUAUGAAGGAAAAGUUUUUAAAAUAUUAUGCGCAUAUUCCCCAUAUUUAUGGUAUUGCAUUUAUUCUCGAUCCUCGUUAUAGACUUGCUAAUUUGGAAAGUUGUUUCAACUUCUAUUAUCUUGCGUUUUUCGGUGAAUUUCCAAUGUAUGAGGAUAACCCCAUAGAUCCGAAAACGGAAUACAACGAGGUUAGUACUUUAUUUUAUGCCUUAUUUAAUGAGUUUCGUUCACAAUAUGGCAACGCUCCCCCUCCCCCGCCACGAACAUCUUCAUCUAAAGGAAAAUCGAUUUUUAAAUCUGCAUUUGGCAAUCUUAUGAAAAAAACUAAAACAACUCACGUCACUGAACAAAGCGCAUUGAAUGAGAUUACUUUGUAUUUAACAUAUGAAGUUGAUUUUGAAGAAAAUGAUGACUUCGACGUUCUAGACUGGUGGAAGUCAAAAGAAAGAACGUUCCCGAUUUUAGCACGGAUGGCUAAGCAAGUACUAUCAAUGCCGGUUUCAACAGUUGCUGUGGAACAAGAAUUUAGUUCGGCCGGCAACGUCCUAACGGCAUCUAGAUCGAGAUUGAGCGCGGAGUCUCUUGAGACGCUUAUAUGCUACCACGAUUGGUUGAAGGCCGCACGUAGAACUCAAGAAUUGAGCAUCACCCCCUCCCAAGAUUUUAUGGAUGACUCAACAACCGAUGGUGGCUCUACCUAUGCCGGA